ACGACCGUCCCCAACAUGUGCUCUCAUAUGGUGGCACUCUCCAUAAGCUAACAUAAGGGCGCUAUGGCGUCUGACCUGGGCCGGCCAGUCGCGAGAACGUCGUCGAUCAGUAUAAACUCGCCUAAGGUAGGUAAGUUAGUCUGCCGCAGGCGAACGAGCUGCCACGGACAACCCGACAAACCAUAGACCGUAGCCCUGUCGACGGCAUGCCGGCAAAGUUGACUGGUCAACAGGUCCGUUCUAGCCGAGGAAGAGAUUCCGCAAGCCGAGCGAGUCCGGCAGUGAGUUCUCCGCCAAGUUCUUGUGUUUGUGAUGGACCUUUUAACUUCCCUGGACCGUCCGGGCUCAAGACCAAGUAGUACGCAGCCGAGACCGUGCGAGCACACCUCUAUGAAGACCUAUUGCGGCAUGACGGAAUGCAGCAAGCAUUCCUACAUCUGCCCAAACCUACAUUCGUCACUCUUGAUACCAAGAGCAGAUAGUAGAGCUGGUGCCAGCCCCAAGGUCCCACCGCAGCACGGACGUAUUGACUCUCUGUUCUCUGGGAUCUUGGACACGCCUCCCAUUCUCUUCCACAUGGAUAAAGGCGCCAUCAACGUGGGCCCGCACAUGAACCUGCUUUUCACGAUCCAGACUUGCUGCUCUGAUAUUGAACGCCCAGUACCAAAUGUGCUCGAAAUGGCAAGCUACCUAGUCCACAUAAGCAGUAUGGUGGUCUACGCUGUGGACUUCGCUUGACCUGGUCGACCUCUGUACAGCUUGAUCACAGAACGUGUCUCGCUCAGUAAGCAAGCCUACGACGACAAUGCCGCAAUCCUUCCUUUAGUGAUACUGCCCGACUUUCUUUCAUCGACAUUCCAUGCCCGCUCUGUGUAGUUGUUAUCUUUUGCAGGGUGCAGUGUCUGCCUCCGGCGGAAGCGGUGAGUAUAGCUCCAUGCAGUCUGACAAUGCGGUAGCGACGCCCCAGGUAGCUCCGAU